ACCUUGGCAUUGGGCUGGAGCCUAGCACGGGUCGGGGCAAGAGGCAGGGAGCCCAAGGGUGCUGCAGAGGGCCAGCCAGACCACCGAGCGCUGGUGGCCGCAGCUUGGCUUCAGCCUCAUCCCCAGCACAGCAGGGCUGCCUCUCUCUUCCAGCUGGGAAGGAUCCGUCCCUCUCUGACAGAGCUGCCCCAGGAGUGUGGCAGCAAGUGAUGACCAUCAUGAAAUCGGGCCCUGAAGAUGCACCCCAGCUGAUCCUGGGCAAGAAGAUGAGCACACCACAGGACCUGAUGAUCGAGGAGCUCUCCCUGCGCAACAACCGGGGCUCCCAGCUCUUCCAGCAGCGCCAGAGGCGGAUGCAGCGCUUCGUCUUCGAGCACCCCAGCAGCUACAGGGAGCUCCGGGGGCCUGGUGGCUCACACCACACUGAGAAAGGCAAUCUGGAGGGAAUGGUGAAUGAGUGGAUGCAGGCAGGGGAGGACCCCGAGGGCCAGGAGAGUUAUCACUCUGAGCUCCACGUGGCAGCGUCGCCGCAGGAUGGCCCCCCCAGAGUGCCCAAGAAGACAGAGAAAGUUUUGCAGAUGAGCAAAGUCCUCAACCCUGACGCUCUGGCCCCAGGGUACUCAGGCCCCCUCAAAGAAGUUCCCCCGGAGAAGUUCAAUGUCACCGCCAUCCCCAAGGGCUACCGCUCCCCAUGGCGGGAGCUCUUUGGUGACAAGGACACUGCUGUGCACCAGGAGAACCAGCUGCCUGUGAGACCCCCUCCAUGGGACUUCCAGAACUUCAACAGGACUCCUGCCCCAUUUGACAGAGCACUGGUCGGUGACCUCUUCUCUGUGCCUGCCCUGGAGCUGGAUAACCUGAGUGCUCUGGAGGUGAUUUCCCACAGACCCAACUUCAACAGAGCAGCACAAGGCUGGGUGCGGAUCCUACCGGAGAGCGAGGAGCUGUAGCACGUGUGCUCCCUCCCCCAUCCCCACCAGUGCUUCUCUUGCUAGACUCAAAACACCCCUCUUGUGGUAGGGCCCAGGGGAGCAGGUAUUCUCUGUGAAAGCCAAGCUGGUGGGCUCGCACUGUCAUCUUCUUCAAGGGGAUGAGAACAAGCUCAAGCCUGGGACCACGUGGAAUUCCCCUUGUACCAGCCAUUGUCACAAGGGCAUUGAGUGCUAAGCUCACCAGCCCGGCUCUCACAGGUAAUGUGAGCAGAUCCCUGCAAGCUCCUCUACAAACCACCCUGUACAGCCUGUCCUCUUCCCUGCCUCGUGGAAAACAGCAGGACCAGCAGCUGCAGCACACCAAGCUGUCUCGCUGCUGCUUCACCAACACACAAGACCUGCUCCGACAGCUGGUGCCUUAGCAGAGAAAUUCCAUCUUCAGGACAACUCUGUGUCUGUCAUUCAGGUCAGGACAGUGAGAGGAGGUGGUAACUGAAGGGCAACAGCAAAACAAGUUACUGGAGGCACUGGCAUGUUAAGAGCACUUAUGUUGGGCUUGGCUGGACAACAAAAACAAACAAGGAGCUGGGAAUCUGCCUGUUUACAACACAGCACAAGUGGGAUAUACGGGAGAGGGCUGCUGACGGUUGGAAACUUGUGCCCUGUUUUCCACAAGCUACUGGCUAGCACUUGGCAGCUGGUAUUUUUCCCCUUCCUACUGCUAUUUGCAUGCCUUGCUUAAAGCCUUCAACCCUCCGAUUGACGUGUGCCAGAUUUGCUUCAUCCAGUUGGUCAGUAGGGAUCAGGCCCUGCAGAACUGCUCCAGUCACUGCCAGGGUGUUGUGGCAACUUGGGAGUCAGUGGGCAGGAAAAGCAGCACAGCCCUGGCUCCAUGAACAGGCUUCUCCUGAGUGUGCAGGUCAGCAGCAAGGAUUCAACCACACAAAGGUUUUCAGCAGUGACACACAGUGGGACAUGCAGCUAACAGCAGCCCACGGGGCAGGAGUCAGAACAUCUGGAAAACCUGCUAAUCACUAGUAAAAAUCUCUUCCUUAACACCGACAUUCUACAAUUGCUUUUGUCAGGUUCUUAAUGUUCCUGUUAUUUAAUCUUGCAAAAGUGGGAAUAUCAGGAUAAACGUUUCUGCUCCCACCACUGUGGUUAAAGCAGCCAAGUCAAUUCUGUGGUAAAAAUGCAGUUAACAGCUGCCUGACUUGUGAAGUGCACUGGUGAUGCUGUGCAGAGCAAAUCCCACACAGGGAUUCUGCUGCCACAACACACCCAGCAGGCAGAAAACUUUAUUGCUCUGUUCCUGCCACAGAAGCAGGAGUGGACAAGUAACUAGAAAGCAAAAAGGUCUGUUCCUUAAACAUUAAGAAUUUGAUGUUCCACUGCUGUCUUCUUCCAAACCCAUCUCUCCCCUCCUCGGUCCACCAGCUGAAGAACCUGUGUAUCUCUGGGGACAUGGCUGGAAAUAAUAAAUGAAUUGUGGUUGGUAAA